GAGAGAGAGAGAAAACAUGACAAACUGUCAAUUAAGAAGGAGCAAUGGCAUAUGGGCCUACCCCAUCUGAUGUACUGGGCAGGCUCCUUCACAUGAACUUUAGAAGAGCAAAACAUUGAAGGCUUCUCACAAGUAAAUUCGUCUCCUUUUUCCUUCUUUGUUGAUUAUUUUUCUUCAUUCAGUUUUUCUCUGUAUAUAUGUCUUUCUUUAGUGCUGGAUUUUAAUCAUUUUCUCCUUGUAGCUUUGUGCUUCUUACUGGGUUUUUCCGAGGUUCAAGAAGCAUACUGUAUAAUCAUAUAUUCCUGUUGGGUCAUUUUCUCUUCUCCCUUUUUGUCCAUGUGCAGUAUUUUCCUCCCAAGGACUCAAUCCCCAUGGCUACCAUAACAUCAGCUUGCAAUACCAGCUUCUCACAAUCCUUUGAAAGCAACAACAAAAGCCUCUGUGAUGCCUCCUUUUCCUCUUUCCUGAACAACAGGGAAAAGGCCCUUGUGCCAAGAUUUGUCGAGUCGAGUCAAUACCUCAAUCCCAUCAUUAGCACACCACAGGAGCAACUUCACUUGGGCAGAAAGAAGACAGAUGAUGGAGAAAUCAGUGUUUUUGGAGCUGAGAGAUACUUCAAUGGAAGAAUGGAUGAAGAGAAUCCCAGAAUUGGAAGAGGUGCGGUUAAAUACCAGAGCAAGAAAGAUGAGAGAGCGGUCGGUGUAGACCCUCCAAAGCAAAAAAUUGUACCGGCAACUCCAAGCACUCAAUCCGAAUCAAGCUGGAAUAGCCAAAGUGCAUUAGUGCAGGGUGUUCUGAGAAACCCAUCCCAAAGUAAGACCAACAAGUUACAUGUGAAGAGUUUUCUUGCCCAUCUUGGUUGCAACUGCUCCUGUUCUGAUAAGAAUUCUGUUGAGAUUGAAAAAUCUGUGGGCGAUAACAAUUUCAAUGGAGCUGCUAGUUUUGGGGUAACACACAGCAAAGAGAUCUCUCGAGAACCCAUUAACAAUUUCCCCGAGCUGUUUGAUUUAAUCCAAGUUAAUAGCACCCGAUCGGAAUCCUGGGGCAGGGAGGAGAUGCACCGACAAAGAAAUGGUAAACUGGGAGUUGGUUUGGGCAGAGAAGACUGUUUUACUUUCCCAGUUUUAAAUUCUGCGGCAGGAAAUCUAACCAGUGAUAUGCAGCUACAGAAGGAAGGAGAAGAAAUUAAGAGGAGAAAGUCAUUGGAGAUGUUUCGUUCCCCCCUCUUGGAAAAGGGAAACAGGAUUCUGAGCUUCGACAGAAGGCGAAACAUGCUCACUUGUGGUGCUUCCAAGAAUGUUGAGGAAAUUGAAAUCCCAGCAAAUUGUCAUGAAACUGAGAGUGAUGCAAGUUCAGACUUGUUUGAGAUAGAGAGUCUUUCGAGCAAGCUGAACCAGUUUCUAGUGCAGCAAACAGCCGAUGGCGCAUCCGGCUGCAUCACUCCAACGACUUGUUACCCUCCAAGUGAAGCAAGCAUAGAGUGGAGUGUGGUAACAGCCAGUGCUGCAGAUUUUUCGGCAAUGUCAGAUUCUGAUGAGCAAAGGACUGCAGCAACUAUCCCAAAUCCCAGCAAGACAGUUCCAGCAUCCACAGCUCCCAAAUGUAUGAGCAAAGAGAUACACAGGCGGCGGGCCGGCCCGGGGAAUCUACUGGGUUGUAGGAGCCAAAAGGCAGUGAGCAUUGCAGGCAAUGCCACUAGAGCAACUGAAAGGGCAAGCUCUGAGCCCAGAGGACAACACAAGUCAGAAUCUUUCAGGCCAGUGGCAAGGUUUCAAGCUGGGACUAGGAUUACCGGUUUUGAUUCCAGACAUGGGCAUCUUCUGUAUAUUCAGUAAUUAAUGUGAAGUUCUUUUGUCAUGUAUGUUUUGAAUUGAGGAUCAAUAAAUAAAUGGAGGUGCCGUCCUUAAAAAAAAAAAAGUAUGUUUUGAAA